AUGCUCCCCUUGGUGACACGUUUGAGCGAACAGCCCCCUUUUCCUCAGCCCACCACCACCGUCGUCGUCCCCGUUGCCGAAGGCCCUUCCUCGUCGUCGACGAUGAUGCUCGUGCAACUCCCGGCAAUGGACACCGUCCCUGGCCUCGACAGCCUCCCGGUCCUGACCUUGCCCUCGCGCCUCCACGCCCUGGCAACACCGAGCAUAUGGCUGACCCUAUUGGUCACCCUGGUCAUUCUCUCCAGCGUCCGCGCGGCCCUCCUUUUCCUUCGUAGACCUUCGCCAGCCGUACGAAAGGGUGGUGUGUCCUUCAUACCCGGCGUGGGAGUCGUUCAGGUUCAGCAGUUGGAUUCCAAGGCCCCGAUAACGACGACAGCAAGUUCAAGUGCGACCUCAACAGUGCCAAGUUCUGGUUCAAGCACGACGGAGAAACAGCAGGAGGAGAAGAAGACUGUGUCGUGGUAUUGGGGGCUUGUCAAGUGGGACAGCCUCCCUCUGCCUUCGUUCCCACGCGCACGGACGGGGGCGCCUUCAUCUCCAUCCAUGUCGGAGGCGGGACGUGGGCGCUGGGGUUCUCCCCAGCAGUACCAGCACAUUUCGCAAGGCAGACGUCCAGGGCCUGCCUUUGAGACUCCCCUACCUGCGCUGUAUCAGAGCGAAGUGCCCGUAUCAAUGGCGAAAAUGAUCAUGUCACGGCAUACCUUCCGCAGACCAACGUCCAGGCCACCACCUGUACGCAGCACGAACGCGCCUCAGUAUCAGAAGCGGCCGUCGAUGGUCUAA